AUGGCAACUAACGAAGUUCCCGUCGACAUGGAAGCUUUAGCAUCUGCCGAUAUCGAACACAGCGAAAGGAUUGGGUCCGCAGAAGUACACGUAUCAAGCCUUGUUACUGAAUACAACAACCCCAAACUGAGUGAUGUAGUAUUAAAGAUAGCGCACAAGAGUUUCUAUGCACAUAAGUUAUUACUAGCCCACUUCAGCGAUGUAUUGUGCACCAUGCUGACCGAGUCAAGAUGGAAUGACUCCAAUUCAACGGAGAUUAUAUUGGAGGAAACGCCGGAGUGUGCUGCUGUAUUCCAUAGUUUCCUGGAGUUCAUGUACUGUGGUCAAAUUGACAUCUCGGUGUCAACUGCCCUCCCAUUGCUGGUUUUGGCAGACAAGUAUAACGUAGUUAAUUUGAAAGAACUCUGUGAAAACUUUAUGAUGAGCCAGGUAACGAGCAGAGGCAGCGUAAGGGGAGCUCUGCAGUGGUGGGGACAUGCUGACAGCUAUAACUUGAAUAAUCUUGGCCAAGCAUGUUUGGAGUUGAUACUAACUGACUUAGACGAGGCUUUGUUGACCGAAGAAUGGUUGGCAUUAUCCACUGAUCAAUUAUGCCACAUACUUGCGCAAUCAGAUGCAUGGGUUAUAAACGAAUUUACUCUGUGUAAAGGGGUAGAACAGUGGUUGAUCAUAUCUACUCACAGGAUAAAUGCGGCGGACACAAUUAACCGAGUUUUGUCACUUCUCCGUUUCUGUCAGAUGACACCGGCUCAAUUAUACACUAUAGAGCAGUCGGACUUUUGCAAGACAUCUCACGCUGCAUUUUCCAGUCACCUAUUUUAUGCAUAUUGGUAUUUGGCGAUGGGAGGGGAUGGGAACCCAGUUACCGAUUUCGAAAAAUCCGUGCCGCGGUAUUACGAAAUGCCAAAUGAAAAGUUACGUGUGAGCAUCAACUGGAAUAAAAUCGGCGCAACACAACAAGGCAUGCCUCAAUUCUCAGUCAACACGCGGGAAUAUAACGCCCGAACAGGCCAAACAUGGCAUCUUGGUAUUUCCAAACAAAAUAUUUCUAUCAAUAACGAUAAACGUCAUAACUUAUUUUUGAAAUUUUCUAAUUUGAAACAAUAUGUAGGUAUGUCAUAUUCUGCGGCAAUAAGUCUGCAUGACGUAUCAUCUGGUUACAUGUUGGCUAGAUUGAGUGGUAGGGGUAACAUUGGAGAUACGAGUCAGCACGUAUUUUAUAUCGGUGGGCGUGACCCUAACACCGAUGCGUUACUAGACAAAGAAUUCACAUCACUGAGGCAGGUCACAGACCCUCAACACCUGUUGAGGGACUGUAGGCAGGUAUAUAAUCAGAACAGAACACGUCUACCAGGUAUAUAA